AUGGGCGACGAAGAAGAAAAGCCCGCCACUGACGCGCUCCCAGCCGAUGCAAAUGAGACCAUCUACGUCAAAAAUCUCAACGAAGGCGUCAAGAUCGAUGUUCUCAAAAAGUCGCUGGAAGCCCUCUUCUCAACAUAUGGGCCCGUCCUCUCUGUGACUGCCCAUUCGAAUCUGCGCAUGCGGGGCCAGGCGUUUAUUGCAUUUGACAACAAGGAGGCUGCUGCAAAAGCCAUCAAGGAAGUCGUUGGGUUCCCCCUGUACGGCAAACCGAUGCAACUGGCCUUCGCAAAGACCAAGUCAGACGCUGUCGUGGCCAAGCUCAAUGGGGGCGAGGAGUCAGAAGCGAGCAAGAAGCACAAGGAGGCGCGACUGGAGCAAAAAAAGCGGACAAGAAGAGGAAACGAGCACCGAAGAAGAGAGCUGGCCGAAAAGAUUGCUGCAAAGCGAGCUGCCGCGGGAGAGACGGAUGGAGCAGCAGUUGUCCCGGCGCACAAGAAACAGGCGAUUCCAUCGAUGCCCGACGAGUAUCUGCCGCCCAACAAGAUCCUCUUCAUCCACAAUGUCCCAGAGGCCGUCAUGCGCGACGACCUCGAUGGCCUCUUCCGCCAGUACCCUGGUCUCAUCGAUGUGCGCGUCAUCCCGGGCAGGAAUGUGGCCUUUGUCGAAUUCACCGACUCGGCGUCGAGCGCUGUGGCAAGAGACGGCCUCAACAACUACAACUUUGGAGGGUCGACGGAGAAGCUGCGCAUCACUUUUGCAAAAUAG